CAGCAGUGUGAAAACAAAUUAUUAGCACCACCGAUACCAUCCAUCCAUCCAUCAGCGCCUUUUCGAUUCUCAAAUUUGGGAACGAGAGAGGAUGAUGGAAGGUAUGGUUCUGAAGCUCCCAUACUUCCAUUUCCAAUUCCAGUUCCAAUUCAUAAACCCUAAUCGUUGCAUUUCAUCUUCUCCUUUUCUCCGCUUCCGCAACCGCAGAUUUUCCUCUCCCUUCUCAGUUUCUGCUUCUGCUUCCACCGCCAAGGAACCCGACGACUUCCAUAUCAACUCUCUUUCGCUUGGCCACACAACCCGUCCUGAUUUCCCCAUCCUCCAUCAGGAUGUAAAUGGCUCCAAGCUUGUAUACUUGGACAACGCUGCCACCUCUCAGAAACCUAUUGCUGUGUUGAAAGCUUUGCAGAAUUAUUAUGAGGCUUACAAUUCAAAUGUUCAUCGUGGCAUACACUCCUUGAGUGCGAAAGCAACUGAUGAGUAUGAGCGGGCAAGAAAGAAAGUUGCGUCUUUUAUCAAUGCUGGAGAAGCUAAAGAGAUCGUUUUUACUAGGAAUGCAACUGAAGCUAUCAAUCUAGUGGCUUAUUCUUGGGGCCUAGCAAAUUUAAAAUCAGAAGAUGAGAUCAUACUUACGGUUGCUGAACAUCAUAGUGCCAUUGUUCCUUGGCAACUUGUAGCUGAAAGGACUGGUGCUGUCCUGAAGUUUGUGAAUUUAGGUGAAAAUGAUGUCCCAAACUUAAAAGAGUUAAAGGAGAUGUUUUCAACAAAAACGAAGCUUGUGGUUACCCAUCAUGUCUCAAAUGUACUAGCGUCUGUUCAUCCAAUUGAAGAAAUAGUUGGCUUGGCACAUCGUUUUGGGGCAAAAGUGCUAGUAGAUGCAUGCCAGAGUGUUCCACAUAUGGUCGUUGACGUCCAGGCGAUUGGUGCUGACUUUCUUGUUGCUUCUUCACACAAGAUGUGUGGGCCUACAGGCAUCGGAUUUUUAUAUGGAAAGAUUGAUCUGCUGUCUGCAAUGCCUCCAUUCUUAGGUGGUGGAGAGAUGAUCUCAGAUGUAUUUCUUGACCAUUCUACAUUUGCACAACCUCCUUCCAGAUUUGAGGCUGGGACACCAGCAAUUGGAGAAGCAAUUGGCUUGGGAGCUGCUAUUGAUUAUUUGUCUGGAAUCGGAAUGCAAAAGAUUCAUAGUUAUGAAGAAGAAUUGGCAAAUUAUCUAUAUGAAAAUCUUCGUGUGGUCCCGAACAUCCGCAUAUAUGGCCCAGCUCCCACAGCUCAUGUUCAACGUGCUGCGCUGUGUUCUUUCAAUAUUGGAGACAUUCAUCCAACGGACAUUGCAACCUUUCUUGAUCAACAGCAUGGUGUAGCCAUUAGAUCGGGACAUCACUGUGCACAGCCCCUCCAUCGGGCUCUCGGUGUCAGCUCAAGUGCGCGAGUUAGUCUUUACUUGUACAACACAAAAGAGGAUGUGGACUACUUUAUCCAGGCUCUAAACGACACGGUAAGUUUCUUCAACUCGUUCAAGUAAAGAUCUGGUAAUACCAAGACUUCCCGGUUUGACGGUCCACGGCUCAAUCUCAAGGAUUAUUCUGUUUCUUGUUUUGAAGAAGAUCGUCUUUCUUCUUGUUAUGUUGAGCGUCCCCCUGUGACAUUUACUACCAGAUCCUUGCCCAUAUAAUUUUCUUGUAAGACCAUAGAUUUCUCAUAGUUUUAGACUCUAGUUUAUUUAUAAACUAUUUGAUUAUGCUAUGGUUUCAUGGACUACAUUUUCUCUCCACAAUGGGAUAUUAUCAAUGUAUAUAUUGUCAGUAGCACUCACCUGCCUUGGUUUUGUUUCAAUACAGAAGUCUCAAGUUCCUUGGAAUCAAAA